CUUUUUUUCCACUUUCCACUUCUUUGUCUUCUUUCUUCUCCUUCUCACUUACUUAACCCAUAAGCCAUCAAUCCCAAAAACACCACAACUAUGGCUUCUUCUUCUUCUUCUUCUUCUUCUUCUUCUUCUCCUCCUCUCUUCUUCUCCUUCUUCCUUAUCUUCCUCUCCGUCGUCUCCGCCGUCAAACUACCUCUUUCUCCCUUCUCCCACUCCGACCAAUCACCAAAAGAUCCUUACCUCUCUCUCCGUCGUCUCGCUGAAUCCUCAAUCGCUAGAGCUCAUAAACUCAAACACGGCACCUCCAUAAAACCCGACGAAGAAGCUCUCUCCUCCACAGCCACCGCAUCCGCCACCGUCGUGAAAUCUCAUCUUUCACCUAAAAGCUACGGCGGUUACUCAGUCUCUCUCAGCUUCGGCACACCGUCGCAAACAAUCCCAUUCGUUUUCGAUACCGGAAGCAGUCUCGUCUGGUUCCCAUGUACCUCGAGAUAUCUCUGCUCCGAUUGCAAUUUCUCCGGUUUGGAUCCGACUCAAAUCCCUAGAUUUAUCCCAAAGAACUCUUCCUCUUCCCGGGUUAUCGGGUGUCAGAAUCCGAAAUGUCAGUUUCUAUUCGGAGCCAAUGUUCAAUGCAGAGGAUGUGACCCGAAUACCCGAAAUUGCACCGUCCCUUGUCCACCGUACAUUCUUCAAUACGGAUUAGGAUCAACGGCUGGGAUUUUAAUAUCCGAAAAGCUUGAUUUCCCGGAUCUAACCGUACCCGAUUUCGUUGUCGGAUGUUCAGUUAUCUCCACCCGAACACCCGCUGGUAUCGCCGGGUUUGGGCGAGGACCCGAAUCGCUUCCUUCACAAAUGAAGCUCAAGAGUUUUUCUCACUGUUUGGUUUCUCGCCGGUUCGACGAUACCAAUGUCACCACCGAUCUUGGUUUAGAUACCGGGUCGGGUCAUAAAUCCGGUUCGAAAACUCCGGGUCUCAGCUACACGCCGUUUCGGAAAAAUCCCAAUGUCUCCAACACAGCUUUUCUCGAGUAUUAUUACCUCAAUCUCCGGCGAAUCUACGUCGGAAGUAAGCACGUGAAGAUUCCGUACAAGUUUCUCGCGCCGGGAACUAACGGAAACGGAGGAUCCAUCGUUGAUUCCGGAUCUACAUUCACAUUCAUGGAGCGACCCGUUUUCGAGCUAGUAGCUGAAGAAUUCGCGACACAAAUGUCGAAUUACACUCGUGAGAAAGACUUAGAGAAGGUCUCAGGAAUUGCACCGUGUUUUAAUAUCUCCGGGAAGGGAGACGUGACGGUGCCGGAGCUGAUUUUUGAGUUUAAAGGUGGAGCGAAAAUGGAAUUGCCGUUAUCGAAUUACUUCUCGUUCGUUGGGAAUGCUGAUACUGUUUGUCUCACGGUGGUGUCCGAUAACACCGUUAAUCCCGGCGGCGGGACUGGUCCGGCGAUAAUUCUGGGAAGUUUCCAGCAACAGAACUAUUUAGUUGAAUACGAUUUGGAGAAUGACAGGUUUGGGUUCGCGAAGAAAAAGUGUAGCCCGUGAGUUUUCAGGGGUAAAUUUGGAAAUUUAACUUUUUUUUAAACGAU